CUAACGCUCACGUUCCUUGCCUUUCCUCCCUCUCCCAUAUCCCCUUCCAUAGUUUCCUCCGUCCCCCACAUCGAUUCACCAUGUCCUCCGCCGACGAGGACCAAAACGACGUCGAGAACGGCACCUCGCAGAGCUUGAAGAAAAGGAGAAUUCAGAGAGCAUGCGACAUCUGUCGGCGAAAGAAAAUUCGAUGCGAUGGAGGACAAAUGCCUGGGAACCGUUGUUCUAACUGUAUCGCUUACAACUUCGAGUGCACUUACAAUGAGGCUGCCAAGAAGCGAGGUCCGCCGAAAGGGUAUGUGGAGAGCCUCGAGACACGCCUCGAGAAGAUGGAAGGGCUUUUGCAGAGGUUAUGCCCCGAUGCCGAUUUCACUCAAGAACUAGGCGGAAAUCUCACAAAAGAGGCCUGGUUCCGUGAGCGGUCCGCGUCAAAUGUCAACGGUUCUUCUGUGGUGAAGACUGCGACUCCUGGCCGCAUCCCCUCUCCUAGCACCAUGGCCACUGGGUCCAAGUCGCACUCCAGUCCAACCAUCAACGCGGAUCUUGAGUCGAGUGAUGACGAGCUCAUUCAGACUAAUUUGCUGCAGGAUCAUCUCAAGGACCUCUCCAUCAACCCUCUGAGCAACCGCUUCUUCGGUAAGUCAAGCGGCGUGCGGCUCGUCAAGACUGCGAUGGAUCUUAAAUCCGAGUAUUCGGGGAAGGGGCCUGACGGGAACGCUAUCAACCUCUUGGGAAGCAAAAGGCCCGAAUUUUGGAACUUACAUCCCUGGGAACGAUCGAAUCUUGAGUCCGAACGGCGCAAUUUUAAGUUCCCUGAACCUGAUCUUCUGAGAGAUCUCGUGGAUCUCUUCUUUCAGCACAUUAACUUUUUCACCGGCCUCCUCUAUCGCCCUCUAUUCGAAAAGGGCAUCGAAGAAGGCCUCUACCAUCGUGACGAUGGCUUUGGUGGGCUCGUCUUGCUGGUCUGUGCGAAUGCUUCACGAUUCUCCUCCGACCCACGCGUGCUCCUCGAGGGCACGGACUCGUGGCAUUCCUGUGGCUGGAAAUAUUUUGCACAAGUACAGAUGGUCCGCAAGUCACUUCUUUCUGCACCAUGCUUGUACGAUCUACAGAUGUAUUCUUUAUCUGUCAUAUUUUUGCAAGGCUGUUCUUCUCCCCAGGCGUGUUGGACCUUGGUCGGCGUCGGCAUCCGUUUAGCUCAAGAUGUCGGUGCUCACCGACGCAAGGUCUACGGCAAUAAGCUCACCGUUGAAGACGAACUGUGGAAGCGCGCGUUCUGGCUUCUCGUCGUUCUGGACAGAUCGAUGAGUUCAUCACUCGGUCGUCCCUGUGCCAUCCAAGAAGAAGAUUUCGAUCUGGAUCUUCCGGCAGAAUGUGACGAUGAGUUCUGGGUACAUCCUGACCCUGAGCAGGCCUUCAAACAGCCGGCGGGAAAACCGUCGGUCAUGUCAUACUUUAUCUGCUUCUUGAAGCUCAAUCAGAUUCUGGCCUUCGCUUUACGGACGAUUUAUUCUAUCAAUAAGUCCAAGAUUUUACUUGGCUUUGUCGGGCAGCAAUGGGAACAACAUAUCGUUGCCGAGCUUGACUCCGCUCUCAACAAGUGGGUCGAUUCGGUUCCUGACCAUUUACGUUGGGAUCCCACGCGGGAACAUCGUAUCUUCUUCGUCCAAUCUGCUAGCCUUUACAGUACCUAUUAUCACCUCCAGAUACUCAUCCACCGCCCAUUCAUCCCCUCCCCUCGCAAACCAUCGCCCCUUUCAUUUCCGUCGCUCGCUAUCUGUACCAACGCUGCACGUUCGUGUAGUCACGUCGCCGACGUUUUGCGUCGUCGGUCUCCGGGGAUCCCAGUCCCUCACUUUCAGCUACCCGCGUUCACAGCUGGAAUUGUACUGUUGCUAAGCAUUUGGGGCGUCAAACGUUCUGGAGUGUCUAUUGACCCUGCGAAAGAGAUGGAAGAUGUGUACAAGUGCAUGCAGGUUCUCAAGGAUGCAGAAACAAGAUGGCACUCAGCCGGUCGACUUUGGGAUGUACUUUGCGAGCUCGCUUCCGUAGGCGAAUUGCCGUUGCCGCAACCCAGUCCGCCAUCUUCGAAGCGGGAACGAGAUUCGGACAGUCCAGGAUCCAAUACUUAUGGGGAUUCGCCUCCUGCAGCGACCCCGUCUUCAAAUCUGUACGAUGGACCAAGACCCAUCGCUGGCUCGAGACGUGUCUCCAGAGAACAGUCCAUGACAUUCCACACAUCGUCCAGCUCGUCACAUCGUCGUUCUUCUGCAUCGAUCUCCCAUUCCCAUGCUGUGUCCACCUCAAGCUACCCUUAUCCCGUUCUUCCGAUGCACAGCGAUGAGCUUGGCCGCUUGCCUUUCAAUCCGCCCUACAACACUUUCGAUGCCCGCGGUGAUCAAUCAGUGAACACAUGGCAUCUUCCCAGCAACGGAAAGGGGGACCACGUCGAAAUAGGUUCUAGAGCGGGAACUAGCUCGAGGAGGAUUUUUCCCUCCGACUCCGGGGUCGGGGAACAAGUCCUGUCGCCCGUCUCUGAUAUGUCGUUCAGGAAUGAGUCACUGCUGGUCCCAGGGUAUGCAUACGAUGGCAUGACCCCCGGCGCUAGCAGAGAUGAUUCUCAGAUGCUACUGUCGGGUACCGGUACGUAUCCAGCCGGGAUGCAUGAGAUGACAUCGCCCACAAACGGGCAGUUCGGGACGGAUAACGAGAUAAUGCAUGACGUGUGGUCUAACCUUCCCUCGGGCUUCGAGUUGGAAGACUGGGAUACCUAUAUCUCCGGCCUUGGGGGUGUCCACCCAUCCGGAAACCCGAACGCUUCGAUGCGAUAGACAUGACGCAUCCGUGUAUUCUCUCAUGUUUCUGAUCGGUCUAUCCACAAGUCACUGUACACAGCACGAUCCCCGUUCCCAUUCCCCACGUAUCGAUAGUAUCUUAUAUCAUGUUGGGUCCAAUACGUUAUCGCCCUCGUCGCGAAUAAUUUGUAGCAGUAUACUUGCACUCGCGUCUCUAGGUACCGGUGUUGGAGUCCGAUGUAUGCCUAGCUCGCUCUCCCUAUAAUGUUAUCCGUUUGCUUUGCUGUAC